AUGGGAAAGAAGAAGAAGAGAGUAUCGUCAAAAGUGUGGUGCUAUUACUGCGAUAGGGAAUUCGAUGACGAGAAGAUUCUAGUACAGCACCAGAAAGCGAAGCACUUUAAGUGCCAUGUCUGCCACAAAAAGCUAUCCACUGCUGGUGGCAUGUCCAUUCACGUCCUGCAGGUCCACAAAGAGUCCGUUACCAAGGUUCCCAAUGCGAAACCUGGAAGAGAAUCAACUGAUAUUGAAAUAUAUGGGAUGCAAGGAAUCCCGCCUGAUGUCUUGGCUGCUCACUAUGGAGAAGACGACGAUGAGACUCCAUCAAAAGCUACUAAAGUGGAUAUUCCGUCAUCUCAGCUUGUUGGUGGUAUGGUGCCAAGACCAUUGAGUGCUGGAUAUCCUCCACAACCUCUUGGUGCAAUGCAGCCUAUUUAUAAUUCUGCCGUACCAGUUCCUCCUGCUGGUUGGCCAGUUCCUCCCCGGCCACAGCCUUGGUUCCCACAGCAUCCUGGAGCUUCAAUUCCUCCUCCUGCCCCAAUCACAUAUGCCCAGCAGCCACUAUUUCCUGUGCAAAAUGUGAGGCCUACUGUGACGUCAACUACAUCAUCUGCACUCCCACCGUCACAAGUAAUUCCUCCUGGACUGCCCUCAUCCACACUACCUGUAUCACAGCCAUUGUUCCCUGUUGUCAACAAUAAUUUGCCUCAAAGUUCAACAUUUUCUGCUCCUUUGCCUCCAACAAGUAUUUCAUCAAGCUCUCCUGCAGAAGUUAAAGGUUCAGUGAAUGUGCAUUUGGGAGUCAAUACUUCUGUGACAACUGGCUACCUAACUCAGAGCAUUUCAGAUUGUUCGUUUUCAGUGCUUGUAGCAGUUUCUUUAAUAGCAUUCAUUCUGCAUGGGAUCAUACUCCCUUAUCAUUGCAUUAAUUGGGAUUGCUGGACCAUUAGGCAACGCACAUUCUUAUGCCUCUGGUCCAAAUACUGGUGGCCCUUCUAUUGGACCACCCCUGUAAUUGCAAACAAGGCUCCUGCCACCCAGCCAGCUGUUAAUGAAGUCUAUCUAGUUUGGGAUGAUGAGGCAAUGUCCAUGGAGGAAAGAAGAAUGUCCUUACCAAAGUAUCAGGUGCAUGAUGAAACUAGCCAGAUGAGCUCAAUCGAUGCAGCUAUUGACAGAAGGAUAUUGGAAAGCAGGCUUGCUGGUCGAAUGGCAUUUUAG